AUGACGACCCUCUCCCUAUACUCGCUACCUUUGGUCGCGCUUAUUCUCUCGCUUUGGAGCUCCAUAGUCAUCGCAUCGCCUGACUAUCAUGAAAAUCUCCAAUUACACCCUCUCCCGCAGUCCUCCCUAUUAGCGUCAUUCAACUUCCGGAGCAACACGUCGCAAGAAUCAUUCGAUCAGCAGCAUUUCCGAUAUCUACCUCGCGCACUUGGUCAGAUCCUUCAACAUGCAAGCACAAAAGAGUUACACCUUCGCUUCACAACAGGGAGGUGGGAUGCUGAAAGCUGGGGCUCUCGGCCAUGGAAUGGCAGUAAAGAAGGAGGUACAGGCGUGGAACUUUGGGCCUGGAUUGAUGCGCCGAAUGACGAUGAGGCAUUUGCCAAAUGGAUCACCCUGACCCAGUCUCUCUCCGGCCUGUUCUGCGCCUCCUUGAAUUUCGUAGAUUCAACUCGGACUACUCGACCGGUUGUUUCCUUCGAGCCUUUUGGUGAUCACUCGGAAGUCGAUCAAUUACAUCUCCUGCAUGGAACUCUUCCCGGCGAAGUGGUUUGCACAGAGAAUCUUACACCGUUCUUGAAACUACUUCCCUGCAAGGGAAAGGCGGGAAUUUCCAGUCUUUUCGAUGGCCACAAGUUGUUUGAUGCCGCCUGGCAAAGUAUGUCGGUUGACAUUCAACCGGUGUGCUCUUUUGACGGGGAUUGUGUCGUCCAAAUAGAGCAGACCGUAGAUAUGGUUCUGGACAUUGACCGGUCUAAGCGCUCUCGAUCUAACCCAAUUCCGCGACCUGUGCCUAAUGAUCAACUGGUCUGUGACACGUCCAAGCCUUAUCACUCCGAUGACACCUGCUACCCGCUGGAAAAAACAAAUGACAAAGCAUGGAGCUUGACAGAGGUGUUCGGUCGAACCAUUAACGGCAUUUGCCCAUUGGCAGAAGUUGAAGGGUCCGGCGAGCAGAGUGUAUGCCUCCACGUCCCCCACGAACGCGGUGUUUUCAUCACCGAAGGGGCCGAGGAGAUCAAAAAAGAUGAUGGAUUCACUCGUUGUUUCAACCUUGCAUCAUCAGGUUCAUUUGAUCUCUCGAUCCCAAAACAGCUAGUGAACCUUGAAGUUCCACUCGAUGAGCCUGUUCUCCAUGCCGAGCGAACCAUUGUCGGAAAUGGCCAGGAGCGCGGUGGAAUGCGCAUCAUGUUCGGCAAUCCCUCUAACAUUAGCGCUGUCGAUUUCAUCUACUUUGAGACCCUACCCUGGUUCCUCCGUCCAUACAUCCACACCUUGCAUGCGACAAUCACGGGGCGAGAUGGAAUUUCGCGCGAGCUUCCAACGUCCGAAAUCGUCAAGGAAACCUACUAUCGUCCGGCAAUCGACCGCGAGCGCGGAACACAGCUGGAACUGUCGUUGUCUGUUCCAGCUGAAUCCACCGUUACACUGAUCUACGAUUUCGAGAAGGCCAUUCUUCGAUACACUGAAUAUCCGCCUGAUGCCAAUCGUGGGUUCAACGUUGCCCCUGCGGUCAUUAGAAUUGUGGACAAUGUUCAUCACGCGCCAAUCUACCUCCGCUCCACCAGUCUCCUUCUUCAACUCCCUGUCCCUGAUUUCAGCAUGCCUUACAAUGUGAUCAUUCUAACCAGUACUGUCAUUGCUCUUGCCUUUGGCACAAUUUUCAACAUCCUUGUUCGGCGAGUUGUUUCAUUAGAUCAGGCAUCGGCAUUGGGAGCUACCACACUGAAGGGCCGGAUACUGAGCAAAGUGGUCGCUAUUCGAGACCGCAUCCGUGGCAAGGCAACGAAGGUCGAGUAG